AUGCGAUCCAACUGCGCACCACUAGGCAGAGUGAAGAUCCGCAUACUUGAUCUUACGGUCCUUUCAGAGGACGCCAGUGACUUCGUUUACGAUGGAUUAUAUGUUGUUUCCCGGCUAGGUCCUGAUGCUCAGCGGACAAAUAUUCUUUGCAAUGGCGCAGACAGUGCCGGAGGUAGGUGUUGGAACGAAGUGUUUAUGUUUCAUUUUGAAGGUAAUCCCCCCGAGUUCCGUGAAACUGCCCCAACGCUGUCAAAGUCAGGGCUAGACGUCACUGUUGGCCAGCACAUCUCCACAUAUCACGACGGUCCCUCUUUAGGAAAUCCCUCAAGGGAAUAUAUUCUUCCGCAGCAACCCCACGAGGUGAAGCGUGGUUUACUCGCGCCGCCAUGGAUGGGAGGAUCUUGUGCACUUCCAGCCAUAACGCUGGAGCUCUGGCGCUAUUCUCUUAGCUCUGACGAUUGCCUCGCGAGAUAUCAGUUUUGCAUUCCGCUUGAGAUGAGCAGCGGGAAUAUCGCUGACCGAGUCGUGCGGCUCGCAAGCGCAUCUUCGUACUCCGUUCAAUUUGCGCUCCGCAUCCGGGUGGCACUCUCUGGGUAUGACGGGGGGGCGUUAGGCUUCGAGAACUACAUGCCGGCCAUGUCUCCUGCAAACCUCCCUGUUCUAUGGAGACACUGA